AUAAUUGCCACCGAUCAUCAAUUGGGAGUGGUUUAAGUUUCAGUGCGAGUACUAGAAAGGAGCUGCUAUAAUGUGGAGAUCCCUUAGCGGGAUUUUGAUCGUUUGUAUAAUAUUAUGGCCCGAGCCUGGACUGUUUGAGAAGUUACUGCCGGGAAGCGCGUGUAUUCCGCGAUGUGUGGAUCAAUGGGAAAUCAGUACUCUGUGGGCCGCUCCCAGCAAUAGUCAGUACUGGAAGUGUGAACCUGUGAAUGAUGUUGAAUGGGCGAUUUGGUUGUUGACGUGUUCUUCCGGAACUAGAUUCAGUUACGAGCAUCAGUUGUGCCUACCUGAAGGAUAUGGUCGAGACUCGAUUGUUCAGUGUCAGAAUCGGAAUGUUAAACUUCCUCCACCAAUCAAUUUCAUUGGCGAGUGUCCCGUACCUAGCUGUCUAACAUUUGAGGAGAUAAAUACACUGUGGGCUAUCCCAAGCCCGGAAUACUUCCUGCAAUGCAGACCAGAACUGGACGGAGCAUGGGUGCUCCAUCAAAUGCCAUGCGCCAUUCCAACUCUGUUCCACUUCGGAAAACAGACCUGCGUUGAUCCAGAUGACUGGGAAGCAUGCGACGGUCAGGUUUCACCUGAAGAUCCAACUGAUUCUCCAAUUACAACAACAGUAAUUGUUCCUACGACCACACCAACGGAUCCACCUACUACUGCUGUUCCAACAAAUCCACCAACAACUGCUGUACCAACAAAUCCACCAACAACUGCUAUUCCAACAAAUCCAACAACAGUGCCAACGGCACCUACGAUUGCACCCACCGAUUCACCAACAGUCGCACCCACGACAUCGCCUACAGCCUCGCCUUCAGACAUGCCAUCAGAUCCAUCUGAUGACGUGUGCAUCGAGCCAAGAUGUACAACUUAUCAGGAAAUCAACACCCUUUGGCCACACGUGCAGCCAACCUUCUUCUAUCAGUGCAGACCAGCAGCCGGCGGUGGUUGGACUCCACAGGAGAUGCCAUGUGCACUAGGUACUGAGUUUAGUUUCCGCGCUCAGGUUUGUGUAUGGCCCUGGCAGAGAGAAGACCCGUGUGAAGACUUGGGCACUACAACUGUUGCACCGCCGAUUACUACUCCGGAUCCUGGUACUACUCCAGACCCGGGAACAACUGCUGAAACGACUCUGACCCCGGAACAAACUCCUGAACCGACACCAGACCCUGUUCCUACAGAUCCUGUAAAGGUUGAUUGCCUCAUUCCCAACUGUGUCUAUCUGCAAGACGACGAAAUAUUGUGGCCGAGCCGGGAACCUCAAAAUUUCUAUCGAUGCGUUUUCUUACUAGACACUGUCUGGAUUCCGUUCGCCGAUAGAUGCCCAGAGGGUUUGUACUUUAGCUUUGAUUAUCAAAGCUGCGUGGAUCCGCUUCUAUGGGAAGAUGUGUGUGAAAACGUUCCGAUUGAUGUUACUACUACCCAAAUGACGACACUACCCACCACGGAAGGUACCACAGACGGAGAGCUGCCCCUGCCAGUGAUAUGUGGUUCGCCCCGAUGUGAGACGGUAGAAGAACGCAGCAUUCGGUGGCCAAGCACGGUCGCCAACACUUUCUACGAGUGUGUUUGGGUGGAGCGGUGGUUCCAGUUUGUACCUUUUCCAAGACGCUGUCCGAACUUCCAACUGUUCGAUUUCGUCAGUCAGGAUUGUGUGGACGCAGCUGAUUGGACCGACAUUUGUCCGAUUUAUCCGACUCUUCCACCGAGUUGCCCAGAAUGCUGUCCCACGUGCGCCCCGACCACUGCCACACCCGAUCCAGACGAUCCAAUAAUUCCGGAAGGUUUACCUGUACCCAUCGUAUGCGGUGAGCCACGUUGUAAUACAGAGUUGGAAAAGAGUUUCUUGUGGCCCGAUUUGAAUCCAAAUGGAUUCUAUUUUUGUAUGCCAACCACUUCUGACUGGACAGAAGCAUACUUUGUUCCGUGUCCUGAGAAUAUGUAUUUCCAAACCAUGGAUCAGGACUGUGUCGAGAAAGAAUUCUACGACGACACGUUUUGUCCGGUGUUUCCUCCUCUACCGACAGUACCAACUGUUGCUCCAAGGCCUUCAGGAUGUGUACAAAAUUUCAGCGCUACGGAUUUUUAUCCCAUUGUCUGCGAUCAACCUCGGUGUCUCACCGUCCAAGAGCUCGGUGUUCGAUGGCCUUCAACCGAGAAGAACGCUUACUAUGUGUGUCCAACAUUCAGCAUUUACAGUUUGGUACAGUGUGAAGUGGGUACACAAUUUGACUUCCUCCAACAGUGUUGUACGUCUGAACCAACGGAAAUUGAGAUAUGCCCCUCGUAUCCUAUAGUACCACCAGUGGAUAUAAUACCGACGUGUGUAACCAACUUCAACCCGUCCUCAAUUCUACCGGUCCCUUGCGAUGCUCCACGGUGUAACAGUUCAGAGGAGGUAGCCGCCAUUUGGCCGUCCAAUCAAACAACAAAGUACUACCAGUGUGCACAAAAUAUACUGAGUGGCACUUAUACUGCAGAACAGCACGAGUGCCCACUGAACACAGAGUUCGAUUUUUACCUUCAAUGUUGCAGCUCCAGUCCGAUUGUUUCUUCCAGAGACGUGUGCUCGAUUUUGGAUCUGAAUGUAGUUCCUCCCCUGCACAAUCGGCCGUCGAAUGUAGUGUGCGACCAGCCACGGUGCAACACUUUGGACGAACAAAUGUACCUGUGGCCUUCAGUGGAUCCUUCAGUGUUCUUCAGCUGCGAGACAUUCUGGGACGGGACCAGCCAGCCACAGCGACACCAGUGUUCGCUGGGACGGUGGUUUAUCGUGCAGGAACAGACGUGCGGCGAUCUGUGGCGGCAUCAAAACGUGUGCGUGUAAGAGCGCGUAAAUUUGUCAUUGCUGGGACUAGUGUGUAGUGUGUGGGAUAGAUCAUAUUUAUAUCUUAUUUUAUACUUACAAACUGUUACUCUCAUUUAACGGAAGAAUGUAAUAAACGGUACUUUUAGGUAGAGGGAUUUAAAUAA